UAGAGUGUUACUUCCCGUGGUUUGUCUUGUCGUUGUACUCCAACAUGAAUUAUAGUGAAAAAUGGCGAUGGCAAUUCUUACUUCUAGGCCUAAUUCCCAUCCAUUUGAGGAGAGAAGAGUGUUGCUAACGGAACCCGCUAAAGUCGGACGUUCUGUAGCUAAAAGUAGGCCUGCUUCGAACAAUUGUAUAUUUGACUGUAAAGUCUUAUCGAGAAACCAUGCCAUUUUGUGGUACGAAGACGAAAAGUUUUUUCUACGUGAUACAAAAAGUAGCAAUGGCACCUUUGUAAAUAAUAUCCGUCUUAGUAAAGGAUCAGAAGAGAGUGAACCUAAAGAACUUAGUUCUGGUGAUAUUGUACAGUUUGGUGUGGAUGUUGUAGAGAAUUCUAAAAAAGUAACCCAUGGAUGUAUCRUAGCAAACAUAACACUUUAUCUACCAAAUGGAAUUGAAGCAMCAAGGUAAGUGUAUUUUUUUAUUCCUACAGGUUGUCGA